AACACAAACACCUUUCCUCUCUUUUCACUCUCUACAAAGCAUUUCAUUUUCCGUCCAAGUUUCCGAUCAAAUGGCGCCGAAAGUAGCAGAGAAGAAACCGGCAGAGAAGAAACCCGCUGAAGAAAAGAAAGCUGAGAAAGCACCAUCAGCAAAGAAACCCAGAGCUGAGAAGAAAUUACCAAGCAAAGAUGCUUCAUCAACAGAUAAGAAGAAGAAGAAAUCAAAGAAAUCAGUUGAGACUUACAAGAUUUACAUCUUCAAAGUCUUGAAACAAGUUCAUCCUGAUAUUGGUAUUUCUAGCAAAGCUAUGGGAAUCAUGAACAGUUUCAUCAAUGAUAUCUUUGAGAAACUGGCUGCUGAAUCGUCGAGAUUAGCGAGGUACAACAAGAAGCCAACUAUUACUUCUCGAGAGAUUCAGACUGCUGUUCGCCUUGUUCUUCCUGGUGAAUUAGCUAAACAUGCUGUUUCUGAGGGUACCAAAGCUGUUACCAAAUUUACUAGUUCUUAAAUCUGUGUUUCUGUUUCUUAGAUCUGAGAAAAUUAGGGUUUCAUAGAUGUAAGUAUUUAGUAUUUUCAAUGUUCCGAAGAAUCAAUGUAAUCAAUUUCAGAUCCAAUUAUCUUGUUAGUGAAAUCAGAUGUCUUCAAUUUUUGGAAAAAUGAAUCAAUUGAAAUCCAUUUUUGGAA